UAUAAUCCACAGAGCCAGUGCAGCUGUAGACGUCGUUUCAUUCUUUUAGCUCCAAAGCGAAAUGAUUAACCAAUGGAAAUUCUUGGCAAUUGUGUUGUUACUUGGUAACAGGAUCACAGCAAAUCCCAUAGAACUGCAGCCCGCCGUAGCUACUGAGUUCAUUAUACUCCACAACAAUGACAUGCACGCCAGGUUUGAGCAGACGAGUCUCAACAGUGAAAGUUGUUCCCAGGAGGAUGUCGAAAGGGACAAAUGCUACGGGGGCUUUGCUCGUGUAGCCAAUGUAGUUCAGAAAUAUCGAGCAGAGGCUAAAAAUGGGGGAACUCCGGUAUUUUAUUUGAAUGCCGGCGACACAUUUGCUGGCACAGCGUGGUUUGCACUUUUUAAACACAAAAUUGCCAGCGAUUUUCUUAAUAAACUGCAGCCAGAUGCAAUGUCCCUAGGAAACCACGAAUUUGAUGAGAAAGUAGAGGGUCUCGUCGAAUUUCUAAAUGAAGUAAGUUUCCCUGUGGUGGCCUGUAACCUGGAUCUGGCGAGGGAACCUGAACUGGCUGCCACCAAACAAUUGGUCAACUCGACUGUUCUUGAUGCAAAUGGCACCAAAGUCGCCGUGAUUGGGUACGUUACGCCGGAUACGAGAUUCCUGUCAGUAAGAGACAACAUGGAGUUCAAUGAAGAAAUCGAGUCAAUUAAUAUAGAGGCGGCGAAACUAAAGGCUCAAGGCUUUAACAUUAUCAUUGCCUUGGGACACUCUGGUUUUAAAAAGGACCAGGAUAUAGCGAGAAAUUGCCCCGAAGUUGACCUUGUUAUUGGCGGACAUACGAACACAUUUCUUUUCAACGGAGAGAAGCCAAGCGUCGAGAAAAUAGACGGUCCAUAUCCCACCGUAAUUACACAGGAGAGUGGAAAAAAAGUGCCCGUGGUACAGGCCUACGCCUACACGAAGUACUUGGGUAAAUUGCACGUGAAGUUCGAUAAGGAUGGAAAUUUAAUCGAAUUCGAUGGUUUGCCCAUCUUGCUGGAUUCUGGAGUCGCGCAGGACAAGGAAUUGCUCAACCUGUUGGAGGUUUACCGCGAGAAUGUUACGGCCCUAGAGAAGUCCAUUGUGGGGCAUAGCAAGGUGUACCUUGAGGGACGUAAGACCGUUUGUCGUUUGGUCGAGUGUAAUAUGGGAAAUCUAAUUACCGAUGCGAUGGUAUUCAGCAGAGUCAUGGAGGAUCAGGGCGGCGAUUACUGGACAGAUGCGUCCAUUGCCAUUCAUCAGGGUGGCGGCAUUCGCAGCUCAAUCGAACGGAAGUCCGAUAGCAUUAUCACUCAGAGCGAUCUGUUGACCGUCCUUCCUUUUGAUAAUGAUCUGUAUGUCACAAGAAUCAGUGGCAAGACUUUAAGGAACGCUCUUGAACAUUCUGUAAGAAAUAAGUAUGCCAACGGAGCAUUUCUUCAGGUAUCCGGCUUGCAUGUGGUCUACAAUCCGGAUAUGCCAGAAGGUCAUCGUGUUACCUCUGUGGAAGUGCGUUGCGCCAGUUGCUCGGUGCCAACCUACAGCAGUCUGAACGAUGCCUCCUACUACAAUGUGAUUGUGCCACAAUUUAUAUUCAAUGGCGGUCUGGGUUACACUUUGGUAGAAGAAACGAACCCGGUUUCAAUACGAAUGCAAAAAACGAUUGUUCAAGCUGUUCGACAGUACUUUAAAGCCCACCAAUUUGUGACUCCGGAGGUGGAGGGCCGCAUUGUGUUCAGAGGAUCAAAGUUAGAUUCCUGAUAUCUUCCUUAGUAAAAUAUAUUGAAGCUUUUCAUAACUGGAAUUUGGGCAUAUCCCAGCAAGCAGACUUAAAUAAAUCCUUUUGUAAAAUA